UAAGAAUGCGUGGAGUACUGCGCCGCGCCGCCUUCGGCCUUGGACCCAUCCGCCAGCUCUCAACAUCACGUCGUGUGAUUCACGGGGAAGGUGAGAUGGAACGAUUAGGUGCCGCGCUUGCCGCACAGAUCCCAUCCACUCAGUCGGGCAAUGUCCUUUUGCUACAUGGAGACCUCGGGAGUGGUAAGACGUGCUUGGCGCGCGGGCUCGCACGGACAUGGUGCUGCGACCCCUCCAUGGAUGUCACGUCCCCAACGUACCUUCUCAUCAACACCUACGAUCCCCCGGAAGCUUCCACGCGGCACACGCUGCACCACAUGGAUUUAUACCGACUCGACAGCGUGACGUCCACAGACGUCGAGGCGCUUGGGCUCGAAGAUACUUUUACUACUGGGACAAGCAUCGUGGAAUGGCCAGAUCGGUUGCAAGUGUUGCCGACGCCGAGGUUGGACCCCAUGGUGCGAAAUGGGAGCCUGUGGAAGCCUGGUUUCGGGAGAUUUCAUCCUUAA